AUGACCCCUAAAUUGCAUAUAAUCGAUCUCCAAAUCAACUUGUUGACCUCUUUGCCGGACUUCAAGAGCGACAGCCUAGAAAUACUCUACGUCAAUGACAAUAAGAUCACGAAUGUGAAUUUCGACAGAUGGGCGACUCCGAAAUUGAGGGUACUUCAACUUGGCAAAAAUUUGUUGACUUCUAUCCCGGUCUUCAGGGGCGACAAUCUAGAAAUUCUCAGUAUUCACACUAAUCAUAUAGCCAGUGUAGUAUUCAACGGAUUGGUGACUGCCAAUUUGAAGGAACUUAUUCUCAACGAUAAUUUGUUGACCUCAUUCCCAGCCUUCGAGAGCGACAGCCUUGAAAUACUCUACCUCCAAAACAAUAAGAUCAAUAGUGUGGAAUUCGAUAGGUGGAGGACACAUAAAUUAAAAAUUAUUUUUCUCCACAACAAUUCGUUGACCUCUUUCCCGGCGUUCAAUGGCUACAGCCUUGAAGUUCUCACCCUUCGUGAAAAUAAUAUUACACGUUUGGAGUUCGACGGAAGUGAGACUCCCAAUUUGAGGGAGCUACAUCUCGAAGACAAUUCGUUGACCUCUGUACCGGCCUUCAAGAGCGAUAGCCUUGAGUUACUCGCGCUCAAAAACAAUAAGAUCACGAAUGUGGAGUUCGACGGAUGGGUGACUCCCAAUUUGAAGAAGCUAUAUCUCUACGAAAAUUUGUUGACCUCUCUGCCAGCGGUCAAGAGCGACAGCCUGGAAGUACUCAGUCUAUUCAGAAAUAACAUUACAAGUGUGGAGUUCGAUGGAUGGGCCACUCCAAAAUUGAAGGAUCUCAGCCUCGGUAUCAACCCCAUGUUGAGGUUCCCGUUCGUGGCAAUGAAGGGCUUGAAGAAUCUGGAAAAAUUAUGGUGGUGGGAGUGCAACCUGGGUCCCACGCUCUCACGCGAUCUCCUGGAAUUCCAGAGCACGGCCUUGAAACUAGUUGAUCUCUCAAACAACGGCAUCUCCAGACUGGAACAGGGAGCUAUUUCUGGUGUCGAACCUGAUACGGAGAUUUAUCUGAACGACAACAAAAUUGCUGUAUUGUCUGAGGAGACCUUCCGCCCAAUCUUGCAGAUCCUCUCCAGGGGAAAUGGAGUCCUUGUCUUAAUCGUGCACAAUAACUACAACAUACAUAACUAUGACUCGGACAUCGCUCUGUUGAAAUUAGCUGAUCCUUCCAUACUGACUGAGAGAGUUCAGCUGAUAUGUAUUCCGACACGAUUUGAUAUUUCUGAGGACACUCUCGAGCAUGGAAGACGAGGAUGGGUAGCAGGUUGGGGUUAUGAUGGUUCGGAUAACCUCACAGCUGUCCUGACGGAGGUUCAACUCCCGGUGAUAUCGAAUCCCAUAUGCAUUCAGGACACGAUUAAAAUCACAGGGAACAGCUCCGCUCCUCGUACCCUCACCUCCAACAUGUUCUGUGCGGGUCAUGCUACAGACGUUCCUCUUGAAGAUUAUCGAACAGUGUGCCCUGGGGAUUCCGGGAGUCCCAUGGUUUUCUUCUCCCGUGCCUCCGUUGACAGUCACUGGACAGUGGAAGGGAUCGUGAGUCACUUUUUACAGAAACAGAAAUGUUCGCUGAGACAGCCUGGACAGUAUGGCAUUUUCACCAAAGUUAAUCAGUUCAUCCAAUGGAUCGAAGAUGCAUUAUUCAAGUUUUCUUCCGAGUGAGAAUUGGCCGAACAAAAAGUAUCCUUGUACAGAAGCUGUUCAACUGUCUGCAAAGAUAUUCGAAGAUGGGCAUUAUUUUACCAAGGAAUAGGGAAAGGAGAAUUUCUUUCAAUUGAUUUUUUUUUAUUGCAGUC